UGGAGCUAAAUGUUGUAGUAGCGGCAAUAAGUUACAGAUUCAUAUUUGUGACCAGCUGCUGUGAAUGGUGUAAAAAAUCCACAUUCAGCUAUUUUACUCAUUACACCAUGUCUACUCCAGCUAGAAGGCGACUUAUGAGAGAUUUCAAAAGGUGGGGUUUUAAUUGCAGUACAGCUUGCCUAGACAAAACGUCGCUCCAGGAGGACCCCCCGGCUGGUGUCAGUGGUGCCCCUUCUGAGAACAACAUCAUGGUUUGGAAUGCGGUCAUAUUUGGCCCUGAAGGAACACCCUUUGAAGAUGGUACAUUUAAACUUACAGUGGAGUUCACAGAAGAGUACCCUAAUAAGCCGCCCACUGUACGAUUUGUCUCCAAAAUGUUUCAUCCCAAUGUAUAUGCAGAUGGAAGUAUUUGUCUGGAUAUUCUACAGAACCGCUGGAGUCCAACCUAUGAUGUCUCGUCUAUUCUAACCUCUAUCCAGUCACUGCUUGAUGAACCCAAUCCUAAUAGCCCUGCUAACAGCCAGGCAGCUCAGCUGUACCAGGAAAACAAGCGGGAAUACGAAAAACGGGUGUCCGCUAUCGUAGAGCAGAGUUGGAGGGACAACUGAACGCACUUCUCACACAACUGUGUCUGAAACUCGAUGUUUUCUGGACGCUGUUUAGUGGUGUAUGUUUUUUCAAACCCCGUUUUUAUUUCAAAAUUUUAUGCACUUUACUCUUUACUUCACCAGACAAUACAGGAUUUCUUUUUUCUUUUCUUUUUGCCUGGAAAGGUUCUCAAUGCUUCAUCCAUCAUUGAAUUUGACGUGACUCUGCCAAGCCCCCAGUGUCACAGACAGGCUGGGGGGUUUUGCUGUAGUUUCUUUGUUUUGUAUUUUCCAUAUUUUUUUCUUAGUAUGUUUUUUUUUUUUCUUAAUUAAAGGGGAAAAAAACAUACUAAACAAUCAUCUGUGAAUACUUCAGGAUUUGUUUGUUUGUUUUUUAUGAGAAAUGGAAAUGCUUAUUAUUGUUGCUCACUGGAGAAUCAAGCUCUUGACCUGAACUAAGACUCUCAGGAUAGGAUCACAGAACAGACCUGCCAGUCCUUAGGGCAGGGUCCUGAGCUUUGUUACAUGCAUGAAUGCAACAUUAUGCCCUUGCGCUCUGCCAGUAUGCCCCUGCAUACGGGAAACAAACAUUUAUGUACAGAUUUUGCACUGGUUGUCAAUGUCACAUUUUUCCCCAGCACUUGUAAAUAAUCGAAUAAAAGGCAAAA